GCCACUCUCGCCAAAAUGAUGAAAUCCGUUGCUCUCCUCCUUUGCAUCGCUACAGUUUGGGUGGAAUCAUCCCCAAAUGGUAACAAAGAAACACAAAAAACACUCUUGACUGUCUUAUUUUUUUCAGUACGCAUAAUUGGUGGUCAUACUGCAAAAGCCGGUCAGUUCCCUUUCGCUGCAGCCAUUUACAAAAGCACAGCUACUGGUACUUAUUUCUGCAGCGGAGCUUUGAUUAACACUCAAUGGGUUCUGACAGCUGGACAGUGUGUCGAUGGCGCCGUCUUGCUCACUGUUCGAUUGGGAUCGAACAGUUUGAGUGCAAACGAUCCAAAUGCGCUGAGAUUAGCAACGGAUACCUUCUUCUUGCAUCCUGAAUACAAUGCUACAAAAAUGGUAAAUGAUGUGGGACUUAUCAAGUUCCGUCUGCCUAUCACAGAAACAGAUUACAUUAAACCUAUCAGUGUGUUGGCGUCCUCCGCACUCCCCGAUUCUUCUUCUGUUAUCACCUUCGGGUGGGGACAAAUUAAUGAUGAAAAUGCCGGAUUGGUGGACGAACUUAAUUAUGUUUAUUUGACAACUCUCAGUAACGAAGAAUGUAGACUCACGUAUGGAAGCCAAGUUACGGACAAUAAUGUUUGUGUUAGUGGAAAUUAUAACGAAGGGACUUGCAGGGGUGACCUUGGCAGUCCUCUUUUCCAAUACGGUGGUACUUCAAUGAUAUACCACGUGGGGAUUUCAAGCUUCUUGAGUGCCAAUGGAUGUGAAAGCACUGAUCCUUCCGGUUUUACCAGAACUAGUCCAUACGUCGAUUGGAUCAAUAAUGUUACCAACACUUAUUUGCAAGUGAAAAAUCCACUUACAAUAUUCAGAAAGAUGAUCAAAUACAGUGUGUUGAUUUUAAUAGUGUUGGCGGUUUCAGUCAAUGCGAAACCAGGUGUUGGUAUCAUUGGUGGCAAAACCGCCAAGGCUGGUCAGUUCCCUUUUGCAGCUGCUAUUACCAAAAGUACAAGUACUGGUAGUUAUUUUUGCGCAGGGACCCUUUUUAAAAAUAAAUGGGUCAUAACGUCAGGCCAAUGCGUUGAUGAAGCCCAACUAUUUACAAUUCGAAUUGGAUCAAACAGUUUGAGUAGCAAUGACGCAAAUGCUGUACGAUUAUCCACUGACAUUUACUACUUGCAUCCAGAAUUUAACAAAACCACGUUGGAAAAUGACAUAGGUCUUAUCCAGUUUCGCUUGGCCAUAACAUACACUGAAUAUAUUAAACCUGUAAGCUUACUGUCAACGAUUAAAAUCCCCGAUUACACGUCUGUAAUAACACUGGGUUGGGGACAAACUAGCGAUGAAACUUCUGGACUAGUUGAUGAACUUAAUUAUGUGUACUUGACGACUCUAAGUAAUGACGAAUGCAAGUUAACUUACGGAAAUCAGAUUACUGACAAUAUGGUGUGUGCUGAAGGAAAUUAUAAUGAGGGUACUUGUAAGGGUGAUUUAGGAAGUCCUAUGAUACUUUAUGGUGGUGCCUUGACGUAUCUAGUUGGGGUUUCGAGUUUUAUAAGUGCAAAUGGUUGCGAAAGCACUGAUCCUUCAGGAUUCACUAGAAUUGGUCCUUACGGGUCUUGGAUUUCUAAUAUUACAAAGUCCAAUUCAGUGUAUUUGUAAGUUAACUCCAAAAAAUCAA